AUGAUUGCCAUCUGCCGCAACUACAGCUCGAGCCUAUACCGGUUCCAAAGAACAGAUGGCAGUGUUAGCACGGAUAUGUUCAUACGCACUGUGAAUUCUGAGCCAAACCCUUCAACUAAGGCCAAGCCUGGUGGUUCCCGUGCAAGUUCAAACAAGAACCUGAAACCUCGACGCUCCAGUAGACUCGAUAAGUCUGACGCACUAGACAACGAAGACGUGAUGGAUGGCUCACCUUCCAAUGGAUUUUCAACCACGACUCCUUGUGCCACUGUCGGCUCUCCUGCCCAGUCAUCCCCCGUCAUGUCGAUGGGUGAGCCUGCACAAGGCCCAGAAGAAAGGACCGAUGACAACAAGCAAGAAGUGGCAUCAGCUUUGACUUUUAUGGGUCCGCUCUCGACUCUGGAAGAAUACACGGGAAUAAUUGCGCAGCUCUGUCAUACAUACGGCGUCAUUGCGCUCAAGUUGCCAAACAUCGUCGCCCAUGUCAAUACUAUGGAGCAAGCUGUCAGAGAAGACAACAGACUUGCCUUAUGCCAAUCCUUUGCCAAAAUCAAGACGAUUUUGGUUGUAGCUGCAGCAGGUGUUGACCCUGACUUCUUGGAUGAGGAGUACGAAGCAAUGGUCUCGAGCGUUAUCGACGAGUUUGGCGUGGAACUCCUAAACAGCACGGAAGGAGUCAUGUUCAUGAAAGACAUGGGCAAAGCCAUGGUAACAGGUCAGAGAGAAUACCGGGGUCUUGCAUAUGCUAGUCUGAGGGCAUACAUGACAGCCUAUACAGGCUAG